UUCAUGUAAAUUAAGGAGCAGUUGGAUGAAUAGAUGCUGCGGCUUCUGUGAGCGGAGCGGGACACUUGCUGUGGAGGACGAACAAAACAAGACCACUUUCACUCGACCCACCACAUCCCAACAUGGCUUCAAAGUGCCCCAAGUGUGACAAGACCGUCUAUUUCGCCGAGAAGGUGUCAUCGCUGGGGAAAGACUGGCACAAACUGUGUCUCAAAUGUGACCGCUGCAACAAGCUCCUGAACGCCGGAGGCCACGCUGAGCACGAUGGAAGGCCUUACUGCCACAAACCGUGCUAUGCUGCCCUCUUUGGGCCAAAAGGCGUGAACAUCGGCGGAGCUGGUUCUUAUGUGUACGACACCCCGGCCAACAACAACCCGUCUCCCACUAGCGUGGAUUCAGCCGCCAAAGUUGAAGAGAAGCGAGUGUUUGCGCCCAAGGCCCCGUCGAAAGCCGGCGGCAUCACCACUUUCUCCGGGGAGGCCAACCUGUGUCCCCGAUGCAACAAGAAGGUGUAUUUUGCUGAGAAGGUGACGUCACUGGGAAAGGACUGGCAUCGGCCCUGUCUGCGCUGCGAGAGGUGCAGCAAGACCCUGUCUGCUGGCAGCCAUGCAGAGCAUGACGGACAGCCCUACUGCCACAAACCGUGCUACGCCGUCCUCUUCGGGCCCAAAGGUGUGAACACUGGCGGCGUGGGCAGCUACAUCUAUGACAAGGAGCCCAGUGCAGUGCCCCAGCCUUGAACCUUUGUCUCCUUCAGCCUCACCCCUGCUUCUUCUCUACACAACACUGACCAUCGACCACAGUAUUAUACGUAGCCGUCUUUGUUUUUUUUUUGUUUUGUUUUUUUUCGUCUUCUCUCCUUCCCCACCCGUGCGUUAACACCUGAGACGGCCGGCCUCCUGCCCCACAUCCUCUCCCAAGUCUCCUCUCCUCUCCUCUCGCUCUGCUCUGCUCUGGAUCGGAUUGAUUGCAAACGCUGCUCCGAGGAGUCGCACAAAGCAACACUCUUGACCGUGUUUGCACAUGUUUUGGGAACACGUUAAAUGUCACCAAAAGGAAAAAAAAAAAAAAAUUUUUAAGAUGUUAAAGGAUGCGUGGCGGGUGCAGAGGGAGGUGCAGUUCACCUGACGGGGAAUUCGGGGACUCGGAGUCUUGACGCACGCACAGGUGGUGUUCAGGAGCACGUUGCCAAUAAAUCUGUACUUUACAAAUGCCAUUAUUAUUAUUAGUAUUAAUAUUAUUAGUUUUUUCCUGUUUGGCUCUCGGACAACAUUCCUAAAAUAAUGUAAAAAAAAGCUGGGAUUUCUUGACUGUUAAACACGUCUUUGAACGCAUCACGAGGCUUAAACUUGAACUGAAAAUAAUGAAACGCGCUAAUAAACGAGACUCGUCCCAGUACGUGAUGCUGUCUUUAAAGUCUCUAAAAGGUAUAAUUAUGGACAAAGAUUUAUUUAUUGCUUUCAUUUUCAUCAUCCACUGUACUACUACCCUUUAAAUGAUGAUGAUGGAGGAGCUAAAAUGAGGAGGCGUAAGCUGUACAAAUCUCUACGAUCAAGAUUUUUUUUACUGUUGCUUUCAGAACAGUAACCCUGCUGAAGUGUUAUAGAUAUAUCUAUAUAUAUUUAUAUAUAUAUACAUAUUCUGCCUUUAGGAAACCUAGUCGUGUAGCCUGUGUAGACGAAGACACUGCAGACAAGUCAUUCUGUAAGAAUGUGCAUUCUAGUGUUGUUGUUUUUGUUGUACGUUGCAGGGCUUAAUAGACUCCGCGGGGCUCACACUUUCAGCCCUGCAGGCUCUUUAAUCCCCACAACAAACAUUCAUCCGUGUCAUUAUUGUUUGACAGAGUCUGAACUCUUUUUUUUUUUCUGUUCAUGAAUUGCAAUAAAUGAACACUACACGUG